AUGGAUUUUAGAAAAUUUUAAAUUACUAUCCUGAAAUUGGUAGAUAUCUUUGGCACUCCUUACUUGCAUUCUAUUAAAUUCAAUUAAAAAAUCUAAAAAUCAAUAAUAGGAGGAAUAACCUCUAUAUUUGUUUUAGUGAUCAGCUUGGCCUAUUUCAUCUAUGUAUUUAAUUAAUGGAUUACAUUUUAAAUUUUACCUAAAACUAAUAACUCUAUGAAGGUAGAACAAUAUUCAGAAAUUCAUUUACAAGAUGAAAAUCCAAUCAUCUAAUUAAGUUAUGGAAAAUAUUCUGAAUAAAAGUUGGAUCCAUUUGAUACAUAAAAUAAUAUAUUAAUGCCCAUUGGAAUAUAUUUCAUAGAUGGUAAACCAUAAAAGCCUUUCUCAUUAUUAAACAACAAAUAAAAAUCUGAUGUGUAUCCAAACAAAUUGUUACCAAGUCUUAAUACAUUAACAUUAGUGUAAAAUGGUAAUGCUAAUUAAGACUACUAGAAAACAACUGAACUUGUAAUUAUGAUUACUAAAUGUCAUUAAGAAUAUUUAAAUGAUGGUGGUAAAUGUGCAACUGAUUAAUAAAUGGAAGAAUUCUUUGCAACAAGUGUUACAUAUUUAGAUUUUUGGAUCAAUUUGAAAUAAUAUAAUUUCUAAACUUAAUAGUUUGAAGUAGUAAGAAAGUAAUAUUAUUUCUGGUUUGAAUCUAAGUCUGCUUAAUUAACUUAAAUUAUGAUAAAAAAAGCAUAUUUACAUGUUGAUAAGGGAAUAUUGUUUAAUAGUUAUAGUGAUUACAAUUACAUUUAGGAUACUUAGAUAAUGAUGUCUACAACGACAACUAAACUUUGGGCACCUUUAAUCUCUGGUGAAACUUAUUUAAGUUUAAUAUUUAGAUUAGAUCCAGUGUCAAUUGAUAUAUAACUUGUAUAUUAAAAAUUGGGUGAAGUAUUGGCUAUGGUUGGUUCAAUAGUAAAUUUGUUAAUGAUAGUAAAAUAUGGAGCUUAAUUUUAUAAUGAAUCAUUAUUAGAGAAUAAAUUGACAGAUAAAAUAAUUAAAUAUUAUUAUUCUGAUUUUGAAGAACUCAAGGCUUCCUAAGAUACAUAAACAAAGCUUUACUAUAAUUAAUUAAAAAAACAGGCUAAAAAAAAGUUAAUUUUUCAUAAUAUUCUAUAUGAAUUGUCAAGGAUUUAGCUAUUCUUAUUCAAUUAAUAUGGACGUACAUAGAUAGAAAAUUCUCAUUAAUUAAAAUUUAGAUUUUAAGAUUUUAAAGUAGAUUUUGAAGGUGAAGUGUUUACUGCUAAAUAAUAAUAAACUUAAUUAAAUUUAAUUGCUCAUGAAAGUACUUCAAAUUUCAUGUUGAUAAGUAUUCCUGAAAAAGAUAGGACUAAAAAUUAAAGAGAUGAUAAAGUACAUCCAGAAAUUAGAAGUAGUAUGGAAUAACAAUCUUUUAGAAUAGAAAAGUGA